CUCCAAGAGCAGUAUGAAGGAACGAAGUAUGGUAAUUCAUUUGAAUGACAUAGAGUACGAUAUUACGAUUAUGGACAAAGAGAAAUUGGUUUUCUUAGAUGGCACCGAAGCAGACACACUGGGUAGCGAAGAGGAGAAGAACGAGGAAGCAGAGGUCGUUAUGGAAGGCAACGGCAAAUGCAAAUGGUUCAAUGUUGCGAAAGGUUAUGGUUUUAUAACGGUCGAGGACGGCACGAAAGAUGUCUUCGUUCACCAAUCUGUUAUUAAAAUGGGUGGAUUCCGAAGCCUAGGAGAAGGAGAACUUGUUGUUUUUAAAUAUAAGAAAUCUCAAAAAGGAUGGGAAGCUCUAGCAGUAAGUGGACCAGAUGGUGCUGAUUGCCAAGGCAGCAAAAGAAGACCUAGACCAAAAUAUCGUCGCAGAGUAAUCGGUGCUAUAAUUGUGGUGAGAUGGGCCACCAUGCAAAAAACUGUUCCUUACCUCCACAAAAAAAGA